AUGUAUACACAUGUGUGUACUGUUUUACUUCAAAUGAUGACACGCUUAUUGAUUCAGGUAGUGCAGCAGAUGAUUGAGCAACAGCACAUUCCUGACGAGGAUACUAAAAUGAUUACAAAGCUGAUCAAGGAUAAGGUGGAAAGCUUCAAGAGGGACAGAGAGUUUAAAAUAGCGGAAUUGAGGAGACAACGUGAAGAGGAAGAGCGUCAGCGGGAAGAACAAGCAAUCAAGGAAGAGAUGAAGGCUCGUGCAAAAGAAAAGGAACGCCUAGAAGCUGUAAGAGAAUCCGCUACGUUAACAUCCGCUACAGUCACUACUGAAACAACGCAGCCAGUUAGUGGUCAGCAACCCGUAGUCUCUCCUUCGGUGACUUCGUCUACGUUGUCUUCUGUGCAACAAACUACUUCAACUGUAGCAUCUGCAAUGUCUUCUGACAAAACUGGGCAACAGCAUGCAACAUCUGUGAUUCGUAGUGAUGUGGACCAUGAGUCGGGCUCGAUAGGCGGAAGUGAGGAGAAGAAGAAAGCCAAAAGAAAGAUUGUUUUGGAAGUCCUGAAAGUCGAUGAUGCGAAGGAUCAGCCAUUGGUCUCUUGUAAGCUGGACACUGCACACAAAACCGUCACCUUUCAAUUUGCUCCUGAUUCUGACAAGCCGUCUGUGAUUGCUGAAAAGCUUGGUGUUCCUUACCACAUUGCUAAAACAAGUACCAAUCUUUACGAGAAGUGA